GACGCACCAGCACAAGAUCACUGCCGACGAGACGUACCAGGCCAGCCGGAAGAAGGACGCCAAUGAGAGGGCGAGGAGCGCAAACCAGUUCGCGCGGCCUAAGGCUGCGGCGUCUGCACUUGCAGCCACCGCUUUCCUGGCGACACCUACGGUGGCCCUUCGAACGGAGGACCUGGAAGCCAUCGUCCCCUACAACAUCCCGGAGGAGAUCACCUACUACGAGACCGGAGCCGACGUGUUCGCGAUCCUACUGGUGAUGCUGGUGCUCGUCUACUGGCACCCCUGGACGAAGUGGACAUUCCUGCAGUUCUGGAGAACCGCCCCCUGCCACGCCCAGACCUGUACCCAAACAGGGAGUUCGAGCACCCAUGAGGGCGCCCAGACCGGCGCCACCUACCUUGUGGAGCCCUUUCCGGAGAUGAGGACCUUCAUCAACCGCGGCACCCAGACGGACAACCUUUCCCGUACGAGCCGGAUCCUCGCUCGAGACAGUGUUGUUGGAGCUGGCCACGGUGCGUGA